GGCCAAUUUCCCAUUCCCGGAGGAGAGGCGGGAAUGUAUAGAAGGGGAAGAAGAGACGGAAAGGUAUCGGAGAUGGAGAGGAGAAAGAUGGCCGUACCUGAUUCACCCAAACGACUGAAGACGGGAGAAGGACCUCAUCAGGUUGGCGCUGGAGAGCCGGCGCCAUCAUCAUCAUCGUCGUUUAAUCCGGCGCCGUUGGUAUCUGCCGACGAGAAACUACCGGAUCUGGAACCACCUGAAAAGGAGGAGGCGCGUGCGGGAGAUCCGCCGGCCCCGCCACCGUCUCGUCGUCGUCCGGUGUUGAAAGCGCCACACAAGUAUCCAGAAGUCGGACGAUACAUUGACGAUUUUGAUGAUAAAGAAGAUCCCCCUGAAGUUUUUGAGCGGAUGAGAUGGGAUACUGCCAUUGUUGCGAACGAAGCUCUCGAAUACUACAAUUCGAAGGAGGGUACAAACUACGUGCUCCGGAAUCCCUUGCACAGCUGGUGUAGUCUAUUUCCCGGCCAACUUCUCAUCCACGCCAACUUCAAAGCCAAGAACAUCGUCGACCCGAGUGGCCAAAACAACCCUCCCAGUGAGCUCUUCUUCUCUGAGACGGUCCGAUUCUACCGGCAGCCAUCCAAGAUUCUUACCUGUCUCGCCAUGGAUAAGCGUAGCAGUGAUAUAAACAGAGGUUGUCUGUACUGUCCGAGCCAUAUACGGAAAAAAAGUUUCUACCAUCCUCCUAUGGGGAAGUCAGAGUUCGGCGAGGAUCAGGAGAAGGACGAUGCGCAGUUCGAAUAUGAAGAUUCGAGCUCAGAUUCGGCCAUGGAUAAAGAUUAGCUGCUCAAUGUUUAAAAAAAAAGAUUGAUUUUG